AUGGAAGAAAAAGGUCACUCUUCAGAAUCACGUCGUCGAAAGAUCUUUGGCACAUGUAAAGGCUGUAAUCAGCCAAACUCAAACUUUAACGAGUGUAAGACAUGUGAAGAAUGGAUAUCGAUACAACGAUUAAAGUUGAAAGAAUUAAAAUAUCAAAUCGAAGAACGUAGAUCGCUCAUAAGUAAACAAACUUGCGAGAAUUGCGAUCAACCGAAACACAUUCAUCAUCACAUCGCUGCCUGUGGUGAAUGUGGUUAUCCGGAGUUGAGGGUUGAGGAUUUAUAUGAAUUUGCCAUCGAAGAGGACGAAGAUAAAGAAAAUGACGAAGAGGACGGUUGCGGAAUUAAAAUGUCAGACUUAUUGUGUCCAAGAUGUGAUUCCAGAUUACAGGAUUUUCUUCAAUGCCCUGAUUAUUUGGAAGUGAUGGACAGGAUAAGAUUGGAGUUGAAUGAAAUGAACGUGGACGAUCCUGAUUACCAAAAGUUGUUGGAUGUCAAGCAGCAUUACGACAUGCUUAUCCAACAACAAGAAGAGGAUCAAUGGAUCACCGAAGAGGAGGACAAUUGCGGCGAAGGUAAUGACGACUGGAAACAAGAUUAUUUUCUCACCAAAGAACAAUAUUAUUUUUGA